AGUUCAUUGCAGAAUUUCAUAAAGGCGAAUUGGUUGAUUUUAGACAAGUAGCUAAGCAGCGGCAAAGGGUCCGAACCCAAGGGAGUAAAACCGCGUCCGUCACGUUACGCACGCUUAACCAAGUCCAUGAAUUGAUUUACGAGUUGAAAAACUUAUUACCAUUUAGUGGUCAAUUGUAUGGAAUAUGUACUGAAUUGUGCAAUCUACUAAUAAAAGUUUCAAUCAUUAAUUGGCAGAAAGGAUUCGGUCCGGUGGUUUUCGGCUGGGCUCGCUUUAACGCGUGUUCGGCACCCAAAUUACGCGUACUUUACGCAUGACUUUACCUUAUCUGUGCGAACUCCCGGUGCCCGUGUGACCCGGUUUUGGGAACCUAAGUGGUCCGCUUUAUUGUGUGCUCCCGGGUCCAUUUAUCCGUGUUUGACUAUACGGAGCUCAUCUCUAUUCCUGCUGGUUCGAACAGAACCCGGCAUGUUGUGCCUGCAGGCUUCCUGAGUAAACUCUUAAAAAAAAAAAAAAAAGUGCACAUGUGUUAUUAUUUUUUCAAUAUUUUCAAUAUUCCAUGUUUUAUUUGGUCUUGGGCUGCACAUUUCUCUUAACAUGCUUUUUAUUAUUUGGAGAUGGUGCGUGUAUAUAUUUUUUUUUUUCCCCUCCCACGCACGCCACACGCACACGUCUGUCAGGCUGCGAUGUGGGCGGGGCUAGAGGUGGUGACGUAGAGAGACGCAGUUGGACAAGGCGGGAAAGAGAGAGAGAGAGAGAGAGAGAGAGAGAGGGAGAGAUGGAGGCGCGCCGUGCUGGUGCGCGCCCAUCCAGCUCCAAUAUCAGCUACCUGUUCUUGUCACUCCGCUAGUCAGCCGCCGCUCGCCGCCGAGGUCAGGAUGGCCGGUUUGAAGAAGCCCGAGCUCUUUUUCCCGGGUGCCAAUUGACUCGCACCCAUGUGCGCAAACCGGGAUUUAAUUGACUGAAACUGCGUUUUUUUGCGGGGGGGGGGGAGGACUGAUGAACUCUAUGAGGGAUCCAUUAAACCCAAACCCCCACUUGCACCAUCAUCAUCAUCAUCAUCAUCCACAGCCGCAGACGCACACGCACACCGGGACAAAAGUCGCCUCCGCGCCGGCCAUGGCGUCCGGUUUGCAGCCGCUGACGCGCGCGGUGGAGUCCGGCAAGCACCGCAUGGAGGUGCACACAGUCUCGGACACUUCUAGUCCAGAAACUGUGGAGAAAGAAAAGACCCAAAACAAGAACGACGACUCGUCGGACGACCCGUCCAAGAAGAAGCGUCAGCGGCGCCAGAGGACGCACUUCACCAGCCAGCAGCUGCAGGAGCUGGAGGCCACCUUCCAGAGGAACCGCUACCCGGACAUGAGCACCCGGGAGGAGAUAGCCGUGUGGACCAACCUCACCGAGGCUCGGGUUCGAGUGUGGUUCAAGAACCGGCGCGCCAAGUGGAGGAAGCGGGAGAGGAACCAGCAGGCCGAGCUGUGCAAGAACGGCUUCGGGCCGCAGUUCAACGGACUCAUGCAGCCCUACGACGACAUGUACCCGGGCUACACCUACAACAACUGGGCCGCCAAGGGGCUGACGUCGGCCUCGCUGUCCACCAAGAGCUUCCCCUUCUUCAACUCCAUGAACGUCAACCCGCUGUCGUCGCAGGCCAUGUUCUCGCCGCCCAACUCCAUCUCGUCCAUGACGUCCGGCAUGGUGCCGACGGGCGUGACGGGCGUGCCGGGCUCCAGCCUCAACGGCCUCAACAACUUGAACAACCUCAGCAACCAGGCGCUCAACUCCGGGGUGCCCACGCCGACGUGCCCCUACGCGCCGCCCACGCCGCCCUACGUGUACCGGGACACUUGCAACUCCAGCCUGGCCAGCCUGAGACUGAAGGCCAAGCAGCACUCGAGCUUUGGAUACGCCAGCGUGCAGAACCCGGCCACGAACCUGAGUGCGUGUCAGUACGCCGUGGACAGGCCGGUGUGAGGGCGUCCACGCCCGCAGUCCAGAGUACGACCCCCGCGCGGAGCAUGGCCGGCGGAUCAGUUCGGCGUCAUUUGGGUUUGAUUUUUUUUUUUUUUUUUUUUUUUUGGAAGGGGAUGAACAUUAUUGUGACUCUUCCCUCCCACGCAGCGCACAACCUAAUCCAUUCAUUCUAUUCUGAGUGAUCCGAUGGCUUCUCAUGGGGGGGUUUUAUUUUGAAGUCGGCCACAGGAACAAGAGACUACUAUAUUAUUAUUUACCUUUUUUUUUU